AAAAAGUAAAAUAAGAUUGAACCAAUUUCAUAGAAACUUACGUGACGAAAAUUAAAGUAUCAAAUGUCGGGAUAAAAACAUUUAUCACAUAUCAUAAAAUGAUUGAGUCGCAAAGCUUUCGCAUCGUACUCUAUACUGUGUAUAUUUUACUUUCUAGAUUAGCACUAUGCCAGCGCGAGCAUUAUGGGUCAAAAAUUAAUAUGACGGACAUGCUUAUGCUGGGAGAGCAAGUCAAUGGUUUCAAUUUUAAUGAGGAACCAAUAGUCAAGUACAGAGGACCCUAUUUUGAUACAACUGCAACAAAAAAUGUGACAUCCCUAGUUGGUAAAACAGGACAUCUGAACUGUCGCAUCAAAAAUCUCGGCAAUAAAACGGUAUCUUGGAUAAGACACAGGGAUUUACACCUCUUAACAGUGUCUGAAAGUACUUACACUUCGGAUCAGAGAUUUAAUGCAAUCUAUAAUAAGCAAACUGGUGACUGGUCAUUACAGAUUAAAUAUCCACAAAUUAGAGAUUCUGGAGUUUACGAAUGUCAGAUAUCGACGACACCUCCAGUUGGAUAUACCAUGAUCUUCUCUGUUGUGGAGCCAAUUACAACUAUUCCUGGAGCUCCAGAAUUAUAUAUUGAUUUAGGAUCUACAGUUAAUUUAACUUGUAUUGUAAAACAUCUUCCUGACCCCCCACUUAUGGUUCACUGGACUCACAACAAUCAGGAAAUAAACUAUGAUUCGCCAAGAGGAGGGGUAUCUGUUAUAACCGAAAAAGGCGACAUAACGACUUCUUAUCUGCUAAUUCAGCGUGCUCAAAUAUCUGAUUCUGGCAAGUAUUCCUGCUUGCCAUCAAACGCUAAUUCCAAAUCAGUUUACGUUCACAUAUUAAAUGGUGAUCACCCGGCAGCAGUCCAAGGAGCGAACUUAAUCAGAAGCUUAAGUUUGAAUGCUUUAAUAUUAUUAUUAAUAAUAUUAGCACAUCUUUAAGCUCGAAGCUCAAAAUUUUAUUUAUAUUUGUAAAUAUAGUU